GGUCUGCUGGUGAUGGCAAGCGCUCUACCUUCACUGGCUAUCCCGGGCCAGCGCCUAGGACCUGCUGGAACUUACUCCGCCGGUCCAGGUACUCAUGUUUAUCAUUCUCACAUAUAUGCAUCCAUCGCCGGUCCAGUUUCUGUUGACUCGGCACAGGUGAAUUCUCCAGCAAAAUCGAUAAUCAGCGUCUCAAGGACUAUGAAAAAAGCUAUAGCAGCUGCGAGCACAUCCACAUCAUCUACAACGACAGUGCCAAAACCCAAGUAUAACACACUACCUGCGGUCGACUCCGUCGUGUUGGCACGCGUGACUCGAGUUCAGAAACGACAAGCUACGGUGUCAAUUCUUGUCGUUUUAGACGAAUCUGCUAGCUCGCAAGCACUGAACCCCUCACAAUCAGCGUCGGAUAACGAUAACAUUGAGUCGAUUCUGGCGUCUGCCGCAAACCCGGAGAAUCACAGCAGCUCUGACGAACUUCGAUUCCAGGCGCUUAUCCGAAAGGAGGAUGUGAGAGCCGUGGAAAAAGAUCGUGUUGUCUUGGAUGAGAUGUUUCGCGUUGGCGAUAUCGUCCGGGGUACGGUCAUUUCCCUCGGCGACCAGAGCUAUUACUAUAUAACAACGGCAAGGAAUGACCUCGGCGUGGUUAUGGCGCGCAGUGAAGCAGGUAAUAUGAUGUUUCCCGUCAGCUGGAAGGAGAUGAGAGACCCCGUCACUGGGGCCGCAGAACAGAGAAAAGUGGCGCGACCUUUCUGAAUGCACAAUCACCUGCAAGAUACACAUUUACUACCACGACCCUUAACCGUCUGGCACGGCGCCAUUUUAUGGAACUGAAUGAGCACUCACUGAGUUGCUGAAUGAAUGUAUACCCCGGUCACUUGCACCGGGCUACUUGCAGCGGCGCCGAAUCCGCACAUCUGAGGCUAUGCAACCCAGAACAAGCCGAAUAACGAGCCAGACACCAUUACAUAGAAGUGGCGGUGUUCCUGUGAUCAGAAAUGCCAUCACCUGGUCUCACGCACAGACCACAAGACCAAAACUAAUUAGAUACCCAAUGAAUUUAUCUUCUCACUCAAAGGACAUUUUUGUCCUAGUCUUGCCUUGUGCCUGGUUCAACCAUAAGACACAGAUCCUCCUCAGUAUCCAUGGACCUGGCUUUUCAAUGCUGGUCUGUGUUUGUCAAUGGAGGAAGAGAAAUGGCUUUUCGCGUGAUGACUCUCAUCAUCAUGACCCUGGUUCUAAGUUUCUUUUCCGAUAAAUCGUGGUCUGGGAAAUUCUAUAGCUAGGGUACAUGCACUGUUUUUGCCUGCCCAUCUCUCUGCUUCCAUAGAGUGGCAGGUCAUUCAUUCUAGCAAGAUAAAAGCACCUGCACUGUAUCUUACAGCAGAUUAAGACAUAUAUAUCUAUC